GAGAGAUUUGUUUCUGCAUAUCUUGCUCAGAGACAUGCCAGAUCACUGUACAGGAUCCCAGCGCUUGGGGAAUGUUUUCACUAGUUGGACUGCAUUACUUCAAGAUAAAAUCUUGAUCUUCAUCACCAUCUUCUAACAUUCAACUUGGCACAAGCAAUAAACAACAGUGUCAACCAUAUCCCAAGAAUGAAAGUAAAAGCCAUCCCUGCAACUGUAGGGCAAUUCCACUCAUCUCAGAAAUCGGCCUCAUGAACACUUUAAAGGUUGCAUAUUCUUCCUUGGAUAACAAAAUGAAAACUGCGCUGAAUAAUCCAUCUGUGACCUCACAAGAGACUUACAGAAUCACAGUAAAAUGUUUCUUUUCUCUUGACAUGUUCUUUAACACAUCGACCAGGAGUAUUGACUCAGAAAAAUUUAUGUAGACUGUGGAGUCCAGUCCUCCUUGGCCAUGAUGACCAUUAUUGCAAGAUCAAUUACACAUACCACAAACUAUACAGCAUUUACAACAGACAACUACACAAUGGCUGAUUUUCAUCGCCAGCUUCCUGCGAAGAAAAUUUUACUCGGCCUGGUCUUAGCCUUUUUAUCUUUACUCACUGUCAUCAUGAAUGUUUUGGUGUUGUAUGCGGUCAAAAGUAAGAGAAAACUGCAUACUGUUGCAAACAUGUACAUAGUUAGUCUAUCUGCUGCAGAUCUCCUUGUUGGCAUGGCAGUCAUGCCCCUGAAUAUUGUAUACAUAUUAGAAAAUGAAUGGAAACUAGGAAGAGUGAUUUGCCAGUUUUGGCUUUCUAUGGAUUAUAUGGCUAGCACAGCUUCAAUUUUUAGUCUUUUUAUCCUAUGUGUGGAUCGUUAUCGCUCAGUCCGUCAACCAUUGCGAUAUCUGAAGGAUCGAACCAAAGCCAGAGCAGCAGCAAUGAUUGCAGGAGCCUGGCUUCUUUCACUGACUUGGAUCAUCCCCAUCUUAGGAUAGCACAUCUUUGCAAAUGGAGGUAUCAGGACUGUGACAAACAAUACAUGUGACACUGAAUUUCGUUACGUUACCUGGUUCAAAAUUCUUACUGCAGUUCUGAACUUUUAUGGCCCAUCUAUACUAAUGUUGUGGUAUUAUACAAAAAUUUACAUGGCUGUAAGAAAACACUGCCGGCAACAAAAUAAUAUAGGGGGUGAUAUCUUCUCAAGCACAGAGAGAAAUAAGUUCAAAGAGAAUAUGAAAUUAUCCUGGCAAAAACAUAAAAUAUAUCUGAACCAGCAAGAUGAAAAUUCACAAGAACUCCCAGAUGCAAGGGUCAAAGAUACAUGCAAACAUUCACAGUGUAGGCUUGACUGUUCUGACUUAAAAAAAAUCAAAAUGCUUGAUGCUGAAAAUAACCAAGACAUUGGUACCUUUUCAAUUUCAGCAUCACUGCAACAGAUGUCAACAGACUUUUACCAUAGGCCGUUGAGAGACAAUAAAUCACAAAAUCAGAACAUGGGACUGAACUUAAGCUCAAAUUACACCGUAAACUCAAGGGAAAAUCUUACCCUGGAGAGUCCUGCUGCAACAGCUAAACUAAAGUGCUUUACUAUACGUGGUCCGUACAGACAUAAAAGUAGUCGCACUCAACAAACAAGGGUGAUGACACAAGAACAUAAAGUGAUUGUCGAGGAUUCAGUUGAUAAAAAAUAUGAACUAUCAGAUAUCUCCGACACACAAACAUUCAAUAAGGUGCUGCUUCAGUUUGGUUCUCUCUCUUGUCCACAUCCAGAAGCAGCAUCUUGGGUUCAUGAAUCAGAAGAAACUAUAGGAACUGAUAGUACUAAUCAAUUUAAACCAUCAUGGCAAAAGUUUUUCUCCCGGGCUGUGCAGUACGUACAACAGCUUCUCAUUGUAAAAGAAAAAAAAGCUGUCAAACAAUUGGGUUUUAUAUUGGUAGGGUUCAUGGCGUGCUGGAUCCCCUAUUUUGUGAUUUUCACAGUCAUUGCUUUCUGUGAUACUUGUGUUAAUUACAAUUUACAUAUGGUCACAAUGUGGUUGGGUUACAUGAAUUCAACACUGAACCCAUUCAUCUAUCCUCUGUGUAACAAGAACUUUAAGAGAGCUUUCAAAACCAUUCUUCAUAUUCAACCUUAAUAAUUUGUGGAUCAUUGGAUGUAAUCCAAAUAUUGCUAUGGAAGAAA